AUGCCAUCAACACCCCAACCAGCUUUCGACCUCGCCGGCGACGUGGCCAUCGUGAGCGGCGCAGGAUCCAGAUUCAAAGGCGAAAAAGGCAACGGCCGCGCCUGUGCCAUUCUCCUGGCAAGACAGGGAGCCAAGGUCGCUCUGUUCGACCCGAACGACCAAUGGGCUCAAGACAUCAAGGAGAUGAUCGAUGCGGAAGGGGAAGUCUCUGAGGUUUUCCAAGUUGAUGUGACGGACGAGGCGAGCGUCAAGAGAGCCGUGGAAGAGGUCGUGGAGGCGUUUGGCAGGGUGGAUGUCUUGGUUAAUAUUGUCGGCAUGACCGCCUGGGACCGCGACCUGUGCAGAAACCUAACCAGCAUGGUCCUCACCGUCCGGCACACAAUCCCCUACAUGCGUCGAAACGGUCGUGGCUCCAUUGUCAACAUGUCGUCUGUCUCCGGGCUGCUCGGCGGGAACGCCUCACUGCUCUACCCGACCACUAAAGGCGCCAUAAUCCAAAUGACCCGCGCGAUGGCGGCGCAGCACGGGCAGGAGAACAUCCGCGUGAAUUGUGUUGCUCCGGGGAUGGUGUUCACCCCGAUGGUGAGGGGACGGGGGAUGACGGAGGAGAUGAGAAUGGCGAGGAUCGGGCAGAAUCUGAUGAAGAGGGAGGGUGAUGCGUGGGAUGUUGGGUAUGCGGUGUUGUUUCUUUGUAGUCGAGAGGCGAAGUGGAUUACGGGGCUGAUCAUGCCGGUGGACGGGGGUACUACAGCUGGUAAGGCGGAUAGACCGGCGCUCAAACAGGACAGCCUUGCGGAACAGAAUACGCGGGUGCCAAAUAAUCAUCUGUAG